CAGACCUUACGAUAUGUAUAUUUCGAAAGUCAUCCCAAACUUUCUGGGGUAAAAUUAUAUAGAGGACCCUCAACAAUACUUCGUUUUGAAAUAGGCUCUUCAAUAUUUCCGACACGAUAUACUAGUAUACUACAUGUUCCUUUUCAAUACAUGGUGUUUGUAGAGAAGCUCGGUUCUCUUCUCCACCAUUGCUCCAAGCUCAAAUCCCUCUCCCAUGGCGCCUCCCUUCACUCUGCGCUCAUCAAAUCAGGUGUUGAACACGACCUCUUCCUCUCCAACCACCUCCUGAACAUGUAUGCGAAAUGUGGUAAACUUAAGCAUGCCCACAAGGUGUUUGAUGAAAUGCCCAGGAGAAACCUCGUCUCGUUCUCGGCGCUAAUCUCGGGCUACGAUCAAUCCGGAGAGCCUUUGAUGGCUCUUAAUCUCUUUUCGCAAUUGGAAUUCGUUCCGAACGAGUAUAUAUAUGGUAGUGUGUUAAGUGCUUGUGCUACCCUACUUGCCCUGUCGCAAGGCGAACAGGUUCACGCCGACGUGAUCAAAACAGGAUUUUUUGACGUGUCGUUCGUAUCCAAUUCGCUUAUCUCGAUGUACAUGAAAUGCAGUUGCUUUCACGAAGCGUACUCGAUCUUCGGUGCCAUUGCGGAGCCGAAUUUGGUGUCAUACAAUGCUAUGAUCGGGGGUUUUGCAGAGAAUGGCCAUGUAGAGAACAGUUUGGAGCUGUUUCGACUUAUGAACCAGCGAGGAUUGCGACCCGAUCAGUUCUCUUAUGUGGCCGUGGUCGGAAUUUGCACGAGUAAAAAGGAUUUGGACACUGGAGUUGAACUUCAUUGCCAAAGCAUAAAGCUCGGGCUCGAUAUCACGGCCUUUGUGGGUAAUGUCAUUUUGACCAUGUACUCCAAAUGCGGUUCAAUCGAAGAGGUCGAGAAGGUCUUCAACUCGAUAAUAGAAAAGGAUGUUAUCACGUGGAAUUCGCGUAUAGUCGCAUGUUCCCAUUUCGGAGACCAUGCGAAAGGCAUUAUGGUUUAUAAAGAGAUGAUCGAGACCAAAAACGCCGACGGUGUUCGCCCUGACGAAUUCACAUUCGCCAGUGCAUUGGCUUGCUGCGCGGAGCUUGCGUCGAUUCAAUACGGUGGUCAGAUUCAUUCUUACGUUUCAAGAACCGGGUGGUUCGAUGCAGAUGUCGGAGUCAGCAAUGCUCUCAUCGACAUGUACGCAAAGUGCGGUUGGAUUGGGUGCGCAACCAAAGUGUUCAAUCUACUGCGAAACCGGAAUUUGGUUUCCUGGAACACGAUGAUAGUCGGGCUUGGGAAUCACGGCCUCGGAAAGCGAGCUCUAGAGAUUUUUCAGCAGAUGGAGGUAGAAGGAAUUUGCCCCGAUUCCGCCACAUUCGUUGGGCUUUUAAUAUCCUGCAGCCAUGCGGGGUUAGUCGAUAAAGGCUUAGCUUAUUUCGAUUCCAUGAGAGCGGAUUACAACAUUUCUCCGAAAAUCGAGCAUCUAUCUUGUCUGAUCGAUAUGUUGGGUCGAGCUGGGAGAUUAGAGGAAGCUGAAUGCUACAUUCACAAGUCGCCGUUUAACAAUGAUUCCAUCAUUUGGGGCAGUCUUCUCUCUUCUUGUUUCGUACAUAGGAACGUCGUCGUUGGUGAGCGUGCAGCGAAGAAACUCUUCGAUCUUCAGCCGAGAACAAGUUCGCCGUUUGUACUGCUGUCGAAUCUAUACGCGUUGGAUGCGAGAUGGGACGGGGUUGCCGAAGUGCGAAAGCUGUUGAAGGACGUUAGGCUCAAGAAGGAGCCUGGUCACAGCGUAAUCGAGGCGAAGGGAAUUGUGGAGAAGUUUACUGCUGGGGAUUAUUCACAUGCGAGAAUCGAAGAAGUUGCAGAGACAUUACUGCAUGGUGCUUCUCCGAACAGCUCGACGAGGCCGAACCAUUCGGAUGAACCUUCUUUCUCAUCCCCAGGAAGCCGUUUCUGCGCUUCGUCUCUUUCGAGCUUUUCUCCGCAGCAGCAUCUUCGGUCGCCUUCGCUUUCUCCUUAUAUAUGUUCCUCAUAACAUAGGCUUCGAUAAACUCGCCCCCCAUCGACGCCAUGAUCAGGAAAUUGUUUCCUCUACUUUGUGAUGGAUUGAAGACUCAAAACUAGUGGGGAAUUUAUAGUGUUACAAGGAUUUGGAAUAUGCUCAAAUAAACUUGGGGAACAAGUUUGUGAUGUAAGUGUUAAGUCUCAUGUACACUUUUUGCUUACUGGUCAUUGGUGACGACAUAUCAAGUGGGUGGAACGUGGACUUCAACCAAACAAACAAACUUUGUCUACAAGUUAAAAAGACUGAUUUUGACUU